AUGAACAAGACAUCGCACACCGACGAGCCCUUCGAGGGCGAUGAUGGCUAUAACCAAAGUCCCAGCCCAUUCUCCAACGAUCUCACCACCAAUGAGGACUUCAACGGUAUCGUCAAUAAUCGGGCCGUGCUGCAAAUGGAUUCCAAGCUAUCGCCAGACGCGACGUCUAAGAACCUGGGCCAAGUAGUCCGCGACGGCCCUGUCAAAACGGACAGCCAGGUAGACGCUGCCUCGGGGUUGGCUCAUGAGUCGAUUGACCAUGACCAACCAUCCAAUGGCGGGCUGCGUAUAUCCGCACCCGCCAACCACCCGCCAGCUUCGGCUGGUGACGCCGACGAUGGCACGCCUGUGCAGCGUUUCAAGAAGAUGAUCAUUCGCGUUGGGUCGUUUGUCGGGCCAGGCUUCAUGAUCUCUGUCGCGUACAUUGAUCCUGGCAAUUACUCGACCGAUAUCGCUGCAGGAGCUUCAUAUCGUUUUCGUCUACUGUUUGUAGUUCUUCUCUCAAACAUCUUUGCUAUUUUCCUGCAAAGCUUGGCUAUCAAGUUAGGUACUGUGAGCGGUCUCAAUCUAGCUCAAGCCUGUCGCGCUUUUCUUCCGCGUUGGAUGAACUUCAUCCUGUAUGUUUUUGCCGAGGCCGCAAUCAUUGCUACCGAUAUUGCAGAGGUGAUCGGAUUUGCAAUUGCAUUGAACCUGUUGGCUCCCCAGGUGCCUCUUGUCGCAGGAUGUGCUAUUUCCAUCCUUGAUGUCAUGGUCCUUCUAAUCUUCUACCGCCCGGAAGGGUCCAUGAAACAUUUACGAUAUUUCGAGAUAUUCGUUAUGUGCUUGGUUCUUGGUGUAGUCGUUUGCUUUUGCAUCCAGCUGUCGCUAAUCAGUGACACAUCGCCUGGCGAGGUUUUCAAGGGUUAUCUACCAUCCAAGUCACUGGUCGAAUCUGAAGCUAUUUAUCAGGCUUGCGGCAUUCUUGGAGCGACAGUCAUGCCUCACAGCUUGUACUUGGGAUCAGGCAUUGUUCAACCUCGUCUACGUGAGUAUGACGAGCGGAGUGCCCCCGCACCAAACCAGGUCCCUUCGGGGUCUUCUGUCAUCGAUGAAGAUGAUGACAAAGGCUAUUACAUCCCGUCUGAAAAGGCAAUCAAGCACUCCCUCAAGCUUUCAGUCCUUGAUCUCGCGAUUUCGCUUUUCACUUUUGCACUUUUCGUCAACUCGGCCAUCCUCAUUGUUGCCGGUGCAUCGCUCUACAAUAAUCCAUCGGCUCUUGAAGCCGACAUCUUCGGCAUUCAUGAUCUUCUUUCGAAGUCUAUCUCUCCAGCAGCAGGUACCAUAUUUGCCCUGGCACUACUUCUCUCCGGUAUCUCGGCUGGUAUCGUUUGCACUAUCGCCGGCCAGAUGGUCAGUGAGGGUGCUCUGAAAUGGAGUAUCAAGCCAUGGUUACGUCGUCUGGUAACUCGUAGCAUCAGUAUCACCCCGAGCAUCAUCAUCGCGGGAGCUGUAGGCCGCUCAGGGCUUAAUGCAGCGCUCAAUGGGUCACAGGUGGCUCUGAGCAUCAUAUUGCCGUUUGUGACGGCGCCUCUCAUAUACUUUACUGCCCGUGAUAAGUAUAUGACAGUUACCGUUAAUAGAGCGAGCAGGUAUGUUGCCGAUAUAAAUGAUACGGCGGACGAGAUGAGAGACGAAGGCAGGACUGGACAUGAGGGCAUCAAGAUGGCUAACUCGUGGUUCACAACGAUUGUCGCUUGUUUGAUAUGGCUCUUCAUGGCCAUUAUGAACGUUGCGAACCUGGUGUUUCUUGGCAAAUAG